AUGACAACGGAGCGCAUCCCCAUCAGGGAGCGGCGGCACUCUGUUGGCGCCCCGAUUGUCAACAUUCAGGGAUCUGUCGGCCCUGCUGGCAUCACCCGGCCCAAACACAAGAGAACCUUCACUGGCUUCGGGGCUGGCGAGAUUAAGAGCGUCGAAGCCUCGAUCCCUGAACCACAGCGUGAGGCAUGGCUCAAGCACCAGGCCGGCGGGUUCAAGGACAAGGAUGGCUUCGAGAAGGAGGUCGUCCGCCACGUCGAAACCACCCUGGCCCGGAGCAUGUUCAACUGCGACGAGUCGGCUGCCUACUCCGCCACGAGCCUGGCCUUCCGCGACCGGCUGAUCCUGGAGUGGAACCGGACCCAGCAGCGCCAGACCUACGCCGACAGCAAGCGCGUCUACUACCUCAGCCUGGAGUUCCUCAUGGGGAGGGCGCUCGACAACGCGAUGCUCAAUAUCGGUUCCAAGGAUAUAGCUAAAGCUGGUCUCACCGAGUUGGGGUUCCGGAUCGAGGAUGUCAUCCAGCAAGAACACGAUGCUGCCCUCGGCAACGGCGGUCUGGGACGCCUCGCUGCGUGCUUCCUCGACAGUCUUGCGUCUCUGAACUACCCAGCCUGGGGCUAUGGUUUGAGGUACCGUUACGGCAUCUUCAAGCAGGAGAUCAUAGAUGGAUACCAGAUGGAGGUUCCAGACUACUGGCUCGAUUUCAACCCGUGGGAGUUCCCGCGGCACGAUGUCACAGUUGAUAUCCAAUUCUACGGCCAUGUCCACAAGUCCACCGACGCCUCUGGGAGGGCCGUCUCCCACUGGGAAUGUGGCGAGACCGUGAAAGCUGUCGCCUAUGACGUGCCGAUUCCUGGUUAUGCCACGCCGACGACUAAUAACCUGCGGCUGUGGUCUAGCAAGGCUGCCAGCGGCGAGUUCGACUUCCAGAAGUUCAACAGUGGGGAGUACGAGAGCGCCGUGGCCGAGCAGCAGCGGGCCGAGACCAUCAGUGCCGUGCUCUAUCCCAAUGACAACCUCGAUAGAGGAAAGGAGCUUCGUCUCAAGCAGCAGUACUUCUGGGUUGCUGCCUCACUCUAUGACAUCGUUCGCCGUUUCAAAAAGGCGAAGCGCCCCUGGAGGGAGUUCCCCGACCAGGUUGCCAUCCAGCUCAACGACACCCACCCAACCUUGGCCAUCGUUGAGCUCCAGCGCAUUCUCGUAGACCUCGAGGGCCUUGACUGGGAUGACGCCUGGAACAUUGUCGUCCAGACGUUCGGCUAUACCAACCACACGGUCCUUCCCGAGGCCCUCGAGAAGUGGCCGGUCGGGCUGGUCCAACACCUUCUCCCCCGGCACCUGCAGAUCAUCUACGACAUCAACCUGUUCUUCCUUCAGACCGUCGAGCGUGCUUUCCCCAAGGACCGCGACCUUCUUCCCCGGGUCUCCAUUAUUGAGGAGUCUCAGCCAAAGAUGGUCCGCAUGGCGUUCCUGGCCAUUGUUGGGUCUCACAAGGUCAAUGGUGUAGCCGAGCUGCACUCUGACCUCAUCAAGACCACCAUCUUCAAGGACUUUGUCUCCAUCUUCGGCCCUGACAAGUUCACAAACGUGACCAACGGCAUCACCCCGCGCCGAUGGCUCCAUCAGGCCAACCCUCGACUGUCCGCAUUGAUCGCGGCCAAGACUGGAGGCCUCGGUUUCCUGAAGGACCUGACCUUGCUCAACAAGGUGGAGCUUUAUGUCAACGACAAGGCCUUCCGCAAGGAGUGGGCUGAUAUCAAGUAUGCCAACAAGGUCCGCCUUGCCGACUACAUCAAGUCCACCAAGGGAAUUACUGUCAAUCCCGCUGCCCUGUUCGACGUCCAAGUCAAACGCAUUCACGAGUACAAGCGCCAGCAGCUGAACAUUUUCGGGGUAAUCCACCGGUACCUGACGCUGAAGGCCCAGACGCCCGAGGAGAGGAAGAAGGCGCUCCCCCGUGUGUCCAUCUUCGGAGGCAAGGCUGCCCCGGGAUAUUGGAUGGCGAAGCAGAUCAUCCAUCUCAUCAACCAGGUGGGCAAUGUUGUCAACCAGGACGAGGACAUCGGCGACCUGCUUAAGGUUGUGUUCCUGGAGGACUACAAUGUCAGCAAGGCGGAAAUCAUCGUUCCAGCCUCGGACAUCAGCGAGCAUAUUUCGACUGCGGGCACAGAGGCUUCUGGCACCAGUAACAUGAAGUUCGUGCUCAGCGGGGGUCUGAUCAUCGGAACCUGCGAUGGUGCAAACAUCGAAAUCACUCGCGAGAUCGGCGAGCACAACAUCUUCCUCUUCGGCACCCUCGCCGAGGACGUCGAGGACCUCCGGCAUGCGCACACGUACGGGACGCACACCAUCGACCCGGACCUGGCCAAGGUGUUCGAGGCGAUCGAGCAGGGCACGUUCGGCGAGCCCGAGAACUUCGCCAGCCUGGUCACGGCGGUGCGCGACCACGGCGACUACUACCUGGUGUCGGACGACUUCCACAGCUACGUCGAGACGCACGCGCUCGUCGACGAGGCGUACCGCGACCAGGAGGAGUGGGUCAGCAAGUGCAUCACCAGCGUGGCGCGCAUGGGCUUCUUCAGCUCGGACCGCUGCAUCAACGAGUACGCCGAGGGGAUCUGGAACAUCGAGCCGCUCCGUGGCGAGGGGCCCGGCGGGCUUGAAGCGGGUGAGCUAUAG